AUGCAAUCGAAUGUGAAUAGCAAUGGAGAAGGAACUCGGCAACAGGAGAAGCAAUCUUACGCCAGUGUAGUCACGAAUCAAUUGAAGCAGUCGAUGGAUGUUGUUUCGCUUCAGGCUAUGGAUGAGGUGGUGGUUCUGGAUGGUGAAUGUGUCGUGGAAAACAAUGGUAUGUAUCAAGUGAUUCAAUUCGCGAAUCAAGUUCAUGAUAGAAUUGACUAUAGCAUGCGAUGCUCGGUGAUAGUCCAGCUCCUGUUUGAGAGUGAACAGGAUUAUACUCAUGUCUUGAUGGAAGGGCCGUGGACGAUUUUCGGAUGCUACCUUACGGUUCAACAAUGGAGUCGUACAUUUUCCACAUCAGAAAAACAUCCAUCGCAGGUAAUCGUUUGGGUUAGAUUACCAGGGCUUCCUUAUAGAUACUACUCAAAGGCAAUCUUUCGCCGUAUUGCUAUGGUUAUUGGUCAGGUGGUGAAGAUAGAUUAUAGCACAAAUUCGGGAGAGAGAGGUCGUUUUGCUCGUUUGACGGUAUUAGUGAACCUUAAUAAACCAUUAAUUCCAUGCCUAAAGAUUAACGAGUUUUGGCAAAAGAUUGAGUACGAAGGACUACAACAAAUAUGUUUCCAAUGUGGAAUAUAUGGGCAUUCGAAGGAAGUUUGUGGCUCUAUUGAAGCGAAUACUAGUAAGGGAUGA